AUGUACCUGGCUGUCUCAGAGUGGGCAAUUAGCGCUGUCUUAUUCCGCUGCCCAUUGCCUAAGGAACAGAAACCCAUCUACUACAUCAGCAGAGUGUUGGCAGAUGUAGAAACCAGAUAUUCAAAGAUGGAAUUAACGGCCUUAGCUCUUCGAAGUGCCGCCCAGAAACUCCGCCCCUAUUUCCAAGCACACCCGGUGGUCGUAUUAACUGACCAACCCCUUCACAAUAUCUUACACAAGCCGGACCUAACUGGGAGAAUGCUUCAAUGGGCCAUAGAAUUGAGAGAAUUUGGAAUCGAGUUCCAGCCCAGAUUGUCCAUAAAAGGCCAAGUAAUGGCUGACUUCGUAUUGGAAUACUCUCGAAGGCCCGUCCAACAUAACGAACCAAGUGAAAAACAAUGGUGGACAUUGCGGGUUGAUGGAGCCUCACGGUCAUCCGGCUCCGGAGUAGGGCUCCUGCUGCAAUCCCCAACCGGAGAACAUCUGGAGCAAGCCAUCCGGCUGGGGUUCCACGCCUCUAACAAUGAAGUGGAGUAUGAGGCCAUCCUAUCCGGAUUGGAUCUCACCCUGGCUCUAUCCGUCGCCAGGCUUCGAGUCUAUAGUGAUUCCCAACUCGUGGUAAGUCACGUUCAAAAUGAAUACGAAGCCAAGGAUGAGCGCAUGACACAAUACUUAAACAAAGUGAAAGAUACCUUGCAGCAAUUCACCGAAUGGACAAUUGAAAAAAUCAGGCGGACCGAAAACUCACGUGCCGACGCCCUGGCAGGUAUAACUGCUUCCCUUCCCACCAAAGAAGCAAUACUAUUGCCUAUAUAUGUGCAAGCCAAACCUUCCAUCACGGAAGCCUCCACUUGCAAUGCCAUUAAGGCAAACGAAACGGAUGACGAGGGUUGGAUGAAAGAUAUCAUUGAAUACCUCCGGACAGGCACCUUGCCUGAAGAAUCUAAGCAAGGGCACAAGAUCCGGGUGCAAGCCACCCGCUUCACCCUGGUUGAAGGGCACCUGUACAAGCGAUCCUUUACAGGCCCCUACCUCAGAUGUCUGAAACAUUCAGAGGUACUGUAUGUAUUAGCUGAAUUGCACGAGGGAGUAUGUGGAAAUCAUGCUGGAGGGCGAUCACUGGCACAUAGGGCCCAUUCGCAAGGUUAUUACUGGCCUACGAUGAAAAAAGAUGCGGCGACAUACGUCAAAAAAUGUGACAAAUGUCAAAGGCACGCCCCCAUUCCACAUAUGCCAUCGGAAGAAUUAAAAACAAUCUCAGGACCUUGA